CCAACAGGUGGAAGAAACUGCAGCUAUGUCUUCAAACCUACCGAGCCACCUUCCUAGACAGCAUAUUUGGACAUCAUACUCGCGUUUUGAGUCAGCUCGGCUUAACUCACAGCUCAGGUGACGCAAAGAAGCGAUAGACAGACUAACAAAUGCUGUCUUUACAGGAGGACACUUGGAAUUGAGAAAGUCUGGGGAACGCACUUGAGAUGAGCGUUUCGUUUUCAGUCAUUUGCGCGUCCUCAAAGGAAAAACUUUGACGCAAUUGUGUGUAUCGAAACCAGCGUGCGAUGCUAUUUGAUGUGAGCAAAUAUAAUGGGCUGUUGAGUUUACAGAGGAUAUGAAUUCACACUUUGAAAAUGUCUGGAAUCAGGAGAAUUGGAUAAAAAUCAAGCUGAAGAUCCAAUGGAAUUUGUUUACGCUAACCUCACUGAAGACUGGGACCAUGAGGUUGGGAAGAUGAACAUGUCUGAAGAACAAAUCAACUGUACUAUUAACCACGAGAUUCACCAGUACCUGUUCUCGGGCGCAUACAUUCUAGUCUUGCUAGUAGGUUUACCCGCAAAUGCUUACUCGCUGUACCACGCCUGGUUUCAGCUGAAAGCCCGUAACGAACUGGGGGUCUACUUACUGAACCUGACCAUAUCGGACCUGCUGUACCUGGCAUCCCUGCCCCUUUGGCUGCAGUAUAUUUUCCAGGGGGAUAACUGGAGCGGCUCAGAGUUCCUUUGCCAACUAUGUGGCUUCCUGCUUUAUGAGAACAUUUACGUCAGCAUCGGUUUCCUGUGUUGCAUCUCUAUAGAUCGUUACCUGGCUGUGGUCUACCCCUUCCGUUUCUCCGCUUUUCGAACGGUGCGAGCAGCGACGCUGGUUAGUGCCGUGGUCUGGCUCAAAGAGCUCGCCGUGGGCGUGGUGUUCUUCCGGCACAAGGAGCUGAGCAGAGACAAGCACAACCAAUCGGUGUGCUUCGAGCACUAUCCCAUGAAGACGUGGGAGUACUCCAUAAACUACUACCGUUUUUACAUAGGCUUCUUGUUUCCUUUAGGAAUCCUAUCAGUGUCGUACUUCCGAGUCUUACGGGCGGUGGGUAAGAGCGCAGGCACACAGACUGCCCAAAAAACCCGCAUCAAGUAUCUGGUAACCAGUACUAUUCUCAUCUUCCUGGUGUGUUUCUCACCAUACCACGUCUUUUUACUUGUUCGUACCCUUUACGAGAGGAACUGCACCUUUAUCGAGAACAUCUUCAACUAUUAUCAUUUCUCUCUGUUGCUGACAAGCUUUAACUGUGUGGCAGAUCCUGCACUUUACUGUUUUAUUAGUGAGAGUGCCCAAAAGGACAUGCAGAAGGUUCAAGACACUUGUACUCGUAUCUUCUGCUGUUGCUCCAAAAGCCAUGGAAGGUUCAGCACGCACUCCACUGAAAUGGCAGUAACCAAUGACAACACUACAGGCAACACUGUGGUGACAAUGUUGCAACAGAUGAAAACCGAUGUCUGAAUGGGUUUGCUUUGUUGUUUUUGUACUUGCAUCGGAUUAUGGACACAAUGCAAUGCAGGCACACUUAUAAAUGUUUUUUACCACGGGCCUGUUGAAUGCUUAAUUCUGAUUGGCUGAGAAAUGUUCCAUGGGUUUUGAGUAUUUUUCUAUAAACCGCACACCUGUCAAAUGUCUUAAUAAUAGGCAACAGAACAAUUUUGUGGUAACCAUGGUAUAAGCGGAAUAAUUGACUCCUGUCCUUUGAAUUAUUUGAAAAUAAUGCACAGCCGCGUUGUGCCGCACAUUACACAUUGUGCCGCAUUACCACCGCGGGUGUGCAUUAUUUUCUUAUAAUUCAAGUCCCGUCGCCAAAUAUUCCUUACUUAAUACCUUUUGUCACCCACUGUUUUGUUCAAAAAUGAAAUAUUGCAAUAUUUUAUGGUUUUGUACAUGUUGCUUUUGUGUGGUGUCAUUCUCAGGGAUUGCUACCUCCAUAAUCACCAGUGGUUGACUUGAGGUUUGAGGAACCAGUGGGUAAAACUAUCACGUAGCGUUACAAGUCCCUUUAGCUACAUAUAUUUCCAAAAAAUUAAAAAAGUUAUUUCUGCUUGACAACCUCAUCGGUUUUUCUACUUCCAGUAAUAUGCUUGACAGGAAAACCCGAAAUGAGAUUUCUGUCAUCAUUCGCUUUUAUGUUGCUCGUAACCCAUAUGAUUUACUUUCUUCUGUGGAACACGGUUUAGCAAAAUGAUCGUGCUGAGUUUUGUGUAUGAUAAAAAGUGAACUGGGACAGACACCCUAAACAAGAAAAUGUGACAGGUCAAAAUGUUUGGCGCCAUUGAUGUCUAACCUGGCAUAAUGUUUUAACAUGGAUAUUAAAUAUAUAUGCUAGCUAGUGUGAAUAAGAUUUCUGAUGUGCAGGAGAUGGAAAGAUGUUUGUGUGGAACAUGCAAAAGGUCAUUUUUUCGAACUGAGGGGCAACGUUACGAUCUCUUUGAUAAAGCCAACGUGGCUAGAGGCUGGCUUUAAAAGACUCCCGCCUCUUUACCCAUUUUUGGUUUUCCGCGAGUGAUGCGCUGCCAAGAUGGUGAGGCUAGAGGCUGGCUCAAUUUCCAUAGACCCCCAUGUUAAAAUGCCCAACUUUACAGCGGAAAAUAAUCCAUUUACAUCCUUGUACAAAGUGUUUUUGGUCUAUAUAGCUAAUUUCGCCCUUUAUGACAACUGUGAGGGGGUGAUUAUUUUGUAAUUCAUCCGUUAAAAUUAUAUUAAGCCUUAAAGUUCUGCAUAAUUUAGGGCGUGGCCACUUGAGUAGGGAUGAACUGUCACUGCUGUCACUACCGUCGAGCUAGGCGAGUGUGGUUUUAGCAACCAGCCACCUCAGCUUCACCAACAUCCCACCUCUUUACCCAUUUUCGGUUAUCCGCAAGUAAUGCGCUGCCAAAAUAGCAACGGCAGGCUCUGCCAACUAUUGGCUUCAAAAAAGCUCUUCACAAACACAAACCUAAGUCCAUAUUCUUAAC